AUGAAUUGUGAAAUUCCUGGUUAUUACUUUGACGAGGAGAAAAAGAAGUAUUUUAAGAUCGAGAAAACACAGACAGCACCGUCGUCAUCUGCAUGGUCCUCAGACGCUAUCAAACGACGCAAGGUCGAGAAGAAAACCCAGAAAGCUAUUCAACGUCGAGCACACCUGGUCAGAAAUCAUAUUAAACGCCACUUUAUUGCUAAAGAUGCAGUUGCCUCUGCUCUUCUUGCUCGGGAAAUUGGCGUACCAUAUGCUGCGGAGCGUGGCCGCGGUAGAUUAGAAGAUGGAGAUCUUGGUGCCGCGACCUGGGCAGGUGGUUUGGUAGCCAAAGGCAAUGUCCCCUUUGCACCGAGCUUUGCAAGACAGCGAUAUCCGAACAUGCCAUGCUUUUAUGUCUCCGGUGAAGAUGAAAAGACGGGCUUGGGUGUUGCCUAUGCUACUUUGGACGAGGAAACUCUGGUAGGGAGCUAUAUUCCCACAGACAAGAAUGAUUCAAUUCGCUUCUCGCGGGAAGAAACCAGAUCUUCUAGCAGGGUCCUGUCAUUCCGAAAUGAGAUGGUACGAUGCCCUCAGAUGUCGUCCAUCAAGUACCACCGACCCUCACACAAGAUGCUCUUAACCUCUCACCCUGAGGAUGUGGCUUGCCCGCAGUGGCUUCUCGGUGAAACAAAUCACUACCAAAGGCUAUCGGCUCGUCUUGGAUUGCAUAACGAAUGGAUGGUCCACAGCAGCACACCAGCCCCCCCUUCCUCAGACCUAGUCUGCGUCCUUGGCUCUAACAACGGUUUGCUGCAAGUACGCUCAAAUGAGACGCUUUCGGCCAUUUCACCAAGAGUUGCCCCAAAGGGCACGAAACUUCCGCAAGAGAUAUUCGCACAAGAUUUCCAAGAGGGGAAUCAUAAUGUCUUGCUUGCUGGUGGCCGACAACCCAGGCUGUGGGUAACAGACCUUCGUGCUCCAGAGCCACAGUGGUCUUUUGCUAAACAUGCAAGUUCCAUCACGCAUAUAAAGAGCGUCAAUCCGCAUCAGGUUCUCGUAUCAGGAUUACAGAGCUCAAUGGCUCUCUACGAUGUACGAUUUCUUUCGCGAAAUCUCCGCGGAACGAAACCACUUUUGCGCUUCUCGGGGCAUUGUAAUGAGGCACACAUCAACAUUGGAUGGGAUGUAUGCCCAGAGCUAAACGUUGUCGCUGCGGCGCAGGACAAUGGGACCAUGAAGCUCUUCUCGUUAAGAUCGGGGCGGCAGUUACGGUGCGCAGCGGUUGAAGGUAUCCGUGCAAGCGCGCCAAUCAAGGCGCUGAUGUUCCAGAGAAUGCCAAGGGAGAGAACGGCGAGUUUGUUUAUUGGUGAAGGGCCUUUGCUCUCGAGCCGUUAA